CGGAGCAGGGGGACGGGACCUCCUCUCCGCCCACCCCCGGGCAGCUGGGCCCUCCCAGAUCCCGCCGGAUCUCGGAGCCGCGCGCCCCCCGGUGGCGCAGGACAUCAGCCACUACCCGCGGGAGAGGACCGGCCACCCGGACGGCGCUGACGGGGCUCCCUGGGCGGGGCCGAUCCCGGGGAGCCCCCCCUCCUCCCGCCCAGCCCCCCAAAGGACGGUGGGCAACCGGGAUCCCAGCCCGCUGCCAGGUCCUGCUUCUCAGUGAAGUAUUGCUGCCCUUGGUGGUGAGGGGUCUCCCAGCUCCGGAAAGCCCAGGGUGCCUGUGGCCGGCACAUUCCUCAGGAAAGUGCUCCGGGAAUUGCUCUCUGGGCGUCGAGGCUCGAGAUGGGCGCCCGGCCCUCGAGGCGGCUGCCCGCCGAGCCAGCCUUGGCCUUGGACGAGCUGCCCCCGGAGCUGCUGGUGCAAGUGCUGAGCUACGUGCCGCCGCGAGCCCUGGUGAUGUGCUGCCGUGCCGUGUGCCGCACCUGGCGCGACGUGGUGGACGGGCCCACCGUGUGGCUGCUGCAGCUGGCCCGCGACCGCAGCGCCCAGGGCCGUGCCCUCUACGCGGCCGCCCAGCGCUGCCCGCCGGCCCGCGACGAGGAGGACGAGUUCCCGCUCUGCGCCCUGGCGCGCUACUGUUUGCGCGCGCCCCUGGGCCGCAACCUCAUCUUCAACUCCUGCGGAGAGCAGGGCUUCAGAGGCUGGGAGGUGGAGCACGGCGGGAAUGGCUGGGCGGUGGAAAAGAACCUAAUCCUGGUGCCUGGGGCUCCUUCCCAGACCUGCUUUGUGACUUCUUUCGAAUGGUGUUUCAAGAGGCAGCUGGUGGACUUGGUAAUGGAGGGCGUGUGGCAGGAGCUGCUAGACAGUGCCCAGAUCGAGAUCUGUGUGGCUGACUGGUGGGGUGCCCGAGAGAACUGCGGCUGCAUCUACCGGCUCCGGGUCCGCCUCCUGGACGAGUAUGAGAAUGAAGUGGUCAAGUUCUCGGCUUCCCCCAACCCGGUCCUUCAGUGGACUGAGAGAGGCUGCCGCCAGGUCUCCCACGUGUUCUCCAACUUCGGCAAGGGCAUCCGCUAUGUGUCCUUUGAGCAGUAUGGGCGAGACACACGGUCCUGGGCAGGACACUACGGUGCGCUGGUCACUCACUCCAGUGUGCGAGUCAGGCUGCGCCUGUCCUAGCCGCUCUCCCGCCGCUACCACCACCACCACCACUACCACCGCAGGCAGGAACCGAAGGAUGCCCAGGGGCAGUGGGGGCAUGUGCGUGCCAAGUGGCCUGGCCUUGGCACAGCGCCCAUGAACCCCACUUGCUGCUGCUUCAGCAGGUCGGUCUCUGUGUCCUGAGACAAAUCAGGGACUCAGCUGUUCCCAGCUUCCUUGGCCUCCGGCUGGGAUGGCAGGUGUUAAGAACUCAACGCCCGGAUGGGCCU